AAAUUACACAACAUGGCGUGUUGCGUUCUGAUGACGAUCAGAUGAGCAGACUACAGGAAAAAUUAGCUAUAAGUGCUAAAGUAUUCUUGCAAUGAUUGCUUACUUUGUGCUUCAAGGUUUCUUGAUUAGUACAUUUUUGUUAAAAUCUAUAAAACUUCAAGAAUGUUCCAACAAAAGCCUUGGACUACGUGACCAAGACGGGCUACCUGAAUACUACUUUCAAGCUACGUCUUACAGGGAAGGUUUACUCAAUGAAGGUUCACGCAAAAAAUGGGGAUCAAUCAAUAAAAGUCCCAGUACAACAUGGUGUCCUUUGAAGAAGAAUGUAAAUAAUAGUUUUCUUGAAGUAGAUCUUCUCCAACAGUUUUCGUUAUGUGGAGUUUCUACUCAAGGAGAUGAAUUACAUGGUUUUACUGAAACGUUCAAAAUUCAGCUUUCUUCUGACAGAAUUCAUUGGCACUUUUACCAAAAUGGUACCAACAAGAUAUUAAAAGGAAAUAAAAAUGGGGCAGACGUUGUUUUUUUCAAUUUAAACGUCAAUAAGACGGUAAGAUUUGUUCGCUUUUAUCCCAUGGCAUAUGAUAAAAAUGGCUGUCUUCGAGUGGAACUAUAUGGUGAAGUAAAAAAGAAAGAAUCAUGUGAAAAGAAAGCUCUCAAAGUUUCUAGCAUCUCAAUGGAACCAGCAACCAUCAAAUCGUUUUCUCUCAAUCGCAAUAAAACUUGCUGGCCAGUCAAUGUUUCCAAUCCUUUGGUAAAAUUUGAUUUUGGUUCGUAUUCUGUCAUCUGCGGUUUACAGUUUCGUUACGAUGGAGUAAUUCGUGUCACAAGCGACAAUGACACUUUUAACGUUAAAACUCAAAAAUUGUCUGGUCUUAAAUUCUAUUUCCCCAAACAAAGAAUCUUAACAAAGACACUUACUUUUCAACCAAAUGGUUCAUCAAAUUGUCUCUCAUGGAAAUUGUUUGGCUAUUCUAACGAAGAUCUGCUUGAUGAAGAUCUUGGUUUUCAAUAUGGAAACUUAACUUUCUUAAACUACUUUCACAAAGGAAAUUUUUAUCGAGAUCCGCUUGAUGCAGAAAUUCCUCCAAGUAAUGGCAGAUUAUACAACCCUGAAGGGUAUCGGUGUUCUUAUAAAAAUGAAGCCUCCUUUCUUGAAUUAAUUUUAGUCAGAAGUUAUUUUAUUUUUGCCUUUUCGAUUCAAGAGUAUUAUAAAUCGUCACAUCGCAAUGACAUUAAAAUAAAUUACACUAUAUCUUACUCAAGUGACUAUUCUUCUUGGAAAAGUUACGACAAGAAUUUUGAAUUGAAAUUUGACGACAUUGUUGAGAAGCGUGAUUUUAUCAAACCAAUCAAAGCUCGAAUUUUAAGGAUCCAUGUUCCUCUUAGUUCCAUCUUUGGUGUUCUUCACUGCUCAAGGGUGGAGUUACAUGGUGUCAGUGAAAACAUAGAACAAUGCAAAAUACAGUCGCCAAUGGGACUCACUAAUGACGUCACUAGAGCACAGAAUAAAAUACCUGAGGGAAGCAUUACUGUGUCUUCCACCUACGAUGAAGAUCAGUUUGGUAAAUCACAUGUAAGACUGCGAAGUGGUCGCUGUUGGUGUGGCAAAGACACAACGAACAACCCCAAACAAUGGAUUAAAAUUGCUUUCGAAAAAUUGGUCAGCAUAUCUGGAAUAUCAACUCAAAGAUGCCCCAUAGCUUAUGCUACAAAAUUCACGAUAAAGUACAGUUAUGAUGAUAGUCGGUUUUUUGGUUAUGACAAUGAUACCUCUCCUGAGAUUUUUCAAGCCGUAAGCUCAAAGUCAAACAAAGAAGAUAGCAUCUUUGCCAACUGGUUCAAUCGAACAAUCACUGCCAAAUAUAUUAAAGUUGAAAUAGAGAAAGACCACCUAGUUCCUUGUCUUCGCAUGGAGCUUUACGGAUGUAGAAAAGACGAGACUCCUUCUAUUGAGCAUUCUUCGCAAGCAACGUUUCUUAACAGAAGUGAAAAUUCCAGUAUCUCUUUGGAAUGUCAAAUUCGUGGUCAACCAGGAAUGAUAGUAGCCUGGGAAGGAAACGGUGUCAAGUCUACAAGUCCCAACCCUCAAACUUUGAAUACAUUUGGUAUAGUAAAGACAACCAUGACAGUUACAUAUGUCAAUGAUCAAUUAGUAUUUCAUCAUUGCAUAAAAUCAAGCAAUAACUCUCGAAAAUUUCACUGCAAAUUAUACCAUAAUUGUACUGCAAAAUAUCCUCGAGCAACGAUUUUAUCAAGAAAAACUAUCCCUGUCAUCAUUACACCAGAUAUUGUUCUUCCAGAUUCUCCUCAAGUACUGUCAAUAAGUGAUGUUAAAUCUCAUUCUGUUAUCAUAUCAUGGCGCGCUGCAUCUGACUACAUUGAGAGUCGUCUUGAAAGAUACGUCAUCAGAGUUGCUAACGACAAUAUUACUUACGAAAUAAAUAUAACGGAUAGGAUCAACAAGCCUGAAUUGAAUUAUCAACUUAAAAAUCUGACGGAAUAUUCCUUUUACAAUGUGAGAAUUGCGGCUGUAAGCGCUAUUGCCAGCAGUCCUUUCACACAGAAUACUUCAUUUUUAACAUUAUAUGGACCAUUUAUGGAACUCAAUAAAACUGAACUAAAGGUUCAUUUAAAUGAAAGAAACGUAUCAAUAAUAUGCAAAGGAAAAGGUUAUCCAUUGCCUGAUGUCACUUGGAAAAAGAAGAACAAAAUAAUUCCUAAAUUCCAGAACUCAACAGUUGCCUUAGAUGAUUUAGUUUAUCAAGAGACAAACCUUUCAGAAUUUAGCACAAAAUCCAACUCAUACUUACAAAAGACAAGUGUAUUGUUUUUACGAAAGAAAGGAAUUACUUACGAUGAUUAUGGAAACUAUACAUGUGAAGUGCUUAACAAAAAUCAAACAUCGCAGCCAUUACAAAAAACUGUUGAAAUACUAUUUUUCCCAGUUGCCUUAGGUAAUACAACCAAGAAAACAGUUCUUCAAGGUCAGGACGUCAGCUUUGAUUGUAAAGUUGAAGGUCGUCCAACUCCACGAGUUAUUUGGCAAUUUAAUAAUCAUCGCAUCUUAACCAAUCACAGCGUAAUAAAUAACAGCUUAACAAUCUAUUCUGUUAAAAAUACCGAAAAAUUUGAAGGAUUUUAUUCAUGUUUUGGCAAAAAUAAAGCUGGUAUAAGUAAAAAACUAACUCAUCAUCUUAUUGUUCAUGCAAAACCAAGAAUUCUCAAUAUAUCAAAGACUGCAACACAUCAAAUUAAUAAUAACGUUACUUUAACAUGUGAUGUAUCAGGUGAUCCACAACCUACUAUAUCUUGGAGAAUUGAAAAUUCCUCUCAUCCUUUAUCAUCAAAAAAGUUUCAACUUUCAAAUUCAAAUCAAACAUUGCUAAUAAGGAAUAUUUCACUUAAUGAUGAAAAUACAUACAUAUGUGAAGCUCGGAACAAGUACGCUUCCGUUGAAAGAAAUGUGACCAUAAAUGUCAAAGUUUACCCACAAGCUGAAAUCAACAGUUCAUCGACAAUUUAUUUAAACAACACAAAUAACGUUGUGAUAGUUAGAUGUAAAGGAAGAGGUUAUCCUGCGCCUACAGUCAUUUGGUACAAAGAUGGAAUAAAACUGGAUACCAACAUAUCAUCAGGUGUAUACCAGACAUCCAUGAUAACCAAGCAUCUUCCGGUUCUUGCAUGGAUAUCAAGGACUCUUUAUAUCCAUCCAGACUUAGCAUUCAGUCAGUAUGGAAAUUACACUUGCAAGGCAACUACAGAUGAUGAUGAGAGUGUAAAAGUCGUCGAAAUUAUCUUAACUCCUCAGGUAUCAGUGCAUAAAUUACCAAAUACGCGCUCAGUACUGGAAGGAACAAACGUAAAUUUUACAUGCUCAGCAAACGGAUCACCUCAGCCAUCAAUUUCCUGGAAUAUUGUAAACGGAACUCUACAAUCACAUUCUACGUUUAUGGAAGCUAAAGGAAAACUUGUGCUAGUUUUAAACAAUGUCACAAAUAAAGACGAAGGAGUCUAUCAAUGUCUGGCGCACAGCAGAGGAUCUCUUGUGAUGAAAUCAUUGUCUUUGGUUGUUCAUGUCAAACCUCGAAUUAUUGAACAAUUCAAUAACGACGAUGUCGAAAAUGGUACUUUAUAUAAACUGAACUGUACAGCAUAUGGCGACCCAAUUUUAACGUAUUCGUGGAGGCUAGAUGGAAAAUGGAAAAUUCCUAAUUCUUAUAAAACUGAACGGAAUAAGACAUUGGUGAUUCACCCUUUUAAAUUAGAAAAUCAAGGGAUAUACAUGUGUUUGGUUGAAAAUGUCGAAGGAAAUGCAUCCACAAUAGCCAAUAUAACAGUUUUUGCUAUUCCACAAAUCUUGAUGCCUUUGUCAAACAAAACGAAAAAUGAAAGUAGUUCUGUACAAUUUGUUUGUAUGGGUAAAGGUCUACCAAUUCCUGAUGUUAUUUGGCAAAAAAAUGGUUUGGUAAUUAACAAUUCUACAAAAUACUUUAUUCAACAAACGGGUGAAAAUAAUACUCGGCGAACAUCAAUUUUGAAGAUAAAAAAUUUGAAAUUUAUGGAUAGAGGUGUAUAUUCUUGUACAAUGAGGAAUAGAAAAGAUGAAACUGUUGCAAAUGGAAGCCUGGUAGUACAAGUUCCUCCAAAAGCAUCAAGUCAACCGUUUAUACAUGUCAAUAUUUCACAAUCAGCGAAAGUCCAGUGUAAUUUGUAUGGUUUCCCUAUACCUCAUGUAACUUGGUUUAAAGAUCGUAUUGAGAUAAAGAAUAGUUCUCGUUAUAAAAUAUCAACAGAACGUCAAUCGGAGUUAUAUUGGUUGUCACAAAUCAAUAUUAAACAUGUUAAACGGAGUGACACUGGAAAUUACACAUGUUUUAUCAAAAACGAAGCUGGUAUUCAUCAAAAUUAUACGAAGCUUUAUGUUUUAGAGCGUCCAGAUCCUGUGAACAUUUCUAUUUAUAACGUGACUUCCAAAUCAGUUGUUCUAAAAUGGAAAGAAAACUUCAAUGGCAAUGAAAUAAUUCGUCUUUUCUCUCUCGUGUAUUUCAUCAAUUCAAGUAAAAUGACGUCAUCCAAGCAUGUUACAUUUUCAUCCAGUACAACAACUCAUCAAGUCAAUUUACUGCAACCAUACAGUAAUUACAUUUUUCAAAUCAGCGCAACCAAUAGGAUCGGCGAAAGUGAUUUGACGUCAGUUUCUGUGGACACGCUUCAAGAUGUGCCGUCAGAACCAUACAAUAUUACUGUUACAAGUAAGUCCAAUACAAGUGUUCAGUUGUCAUGGAAUGCUCCAAAGUCGCCCAAUGGAAUCAUUGUGUUGUAUGAUGUUUAUUUAACGAAUACACAGAGUAUGGAAAUUCAACACGACAAUACUACAAAUCAGAGAUUCUUCUGGCAGAUGCUUCAGCCUUAUACGAAUUAUUCUUUCUGGAUUUAUGCUAAAACAUCAGUUGGCCGUGGGAAUCAAAGUAAAAUCACGAUAGUUCAAACUUUAGAAGGAGUCCCGAGUGAACCACGCGAGGUAUUUGGAAAAGCUCUGGACAGUACUAGCAUUGAAGUAAAUUGGCUGAUGCCUGCAAUACCUUCAGGGAAAAUAACUCAUUAUAAGAUAUACUACCGACUAAAGACUGACGAAAGCAAUCAUUACAAAGUAAUGGACGACAUUUCUGGAAACAGUCGCUCUAACAAAUUAACUAAAUUACAAAUUGCGUCAGAGUAUGUGGUCAUUGUUCAAGCUUUUACUUUAGCUGGUGGAGGAAAAAAGAGCAAUGAAAUAUCAAUAAAGACAAAAGUUGGACCUCCAAUAAUUCCUAGUGAACGACCAUCGACGAUCAAACCUGAGAUGGAUGAUUUUGAUGCAACCACAAUGAUUGCUGUGAAACUUCCGAAAUUCUCAGAAAGAAAUGGAUACAUCAAAAAAUAUAAAGUUCUUGUUGCCAUGGUAGACAGUUUGACAGAAUCAGACUACACAGAAAUUUUUAAAAAAAGAAAAACACAACCUUUGUCUUAUAAUGAAUGGAUUGAAAAAAAGCAGAAGACUGGAAUAGUUUUUGUGGCGUUUGCGUUUAAUGGCAGUUCAUUUGAUUAUUAUGAAAAUUUCGUUAUUGGCCGAGGUCAACCAUUUGAUAAUGAUGUUUCAAGAAGAAAACGAAGGGCUGACGAAAGAAGCUAUAGAAAUGGAGAACUAAUUCCUGGCAAGCACUAUGCUGUUGCUUUGAGAGCUUUUACUGAUGAGAACAAGUUUUCAACGAGUGAAGUAUUAGUGGUUGCUACAAAACAAAAGUCUUCGGGUGGACUUUCUUCAAAUAAUGAAGUAACAAUAGGAGUCGUUGUUGCGAUUGUUGCUGUCUUUUUAUUUGCUCUGCUUCUGGUUGCCGUUUGGUUCAAGAUAAAAAAGAACAGAAAUCACUCAAUAAGCAAUCCUGAAGCAAUCAAUGAUAUAGGAUUUCGUAAUCUUGGUCAUCCUAUACCAGUGGCUGAGUUUAAAUUCUACUUAGAAUCAAUGCAGAUUGGUAACGAAUUUGAUGAAAUCCCCAAAAUUGUGACAAACCUAAAAACAGAUGAUGCAUUAAAGAGUUUCACCAGUCUCAAAAAUCGAUACAAAAAUAUCUUUCCAUAUGACUUUAACCGUGUUUGUCUUGAACAAAGUGAAGAGGAAGGAAAUUAUAUUAAUGCGAGUAUUAUAAAGGGGCUGAAUGUUCCUUCAAAAUAUAUAGCUACACAAGGACCGUUGGCCACUACAACGAAUGAUUUCUGGCAAAUGGUUUGGCAACAAAAUGUUUCUAUAAUUGUUAUGCUAACAGGAUUGAAAGAAAACGCAAAAGAAAAAUGUCAUAAAUACUGGCCGGAAAACAAUGAAGAAGUGGCAUUUGGUGAUUUAAAAAUAAAAACAACCGGUGAAACAGUACUUGCUGAUUUUACAAUUCGAUAUUUUGAAGUUACGGAUUAUGAUAGUGGUCAAAUUCGUUUGGUACAACAUCUUCACUUUACUGCUUGGCCUGAUCAUGGAGUCCCUAGGUAUCCGGGUCCUUUGCUGCACUUUUACAAACGUUACAGAUCUGGUUUAACUGGUUCAGAACCGGUUAUUAUUCAUUGCAGUGCUGGAGUUGGACGCACUGGCACAUUUAUUGCAAUUGAUUACAUCCUUCAAAAGUUAAAAGAAAAAACAGAUGAAGAUCCUUGUAUUGAUGUUCUUCAUUUUGUCAGAGAAAUGAGAGGUCAAAGAAUGUUUAUGGUUCAAACAAAGGAACAAUAUCAGUUUAUUCAUCUUGCUAUCCUGGAAGCAAUUAAUUAUCCUGACACUGAAAUAUCUUCUAACAAAAUUCGAACAAGAACAGCAUUUCUCAGAGAGAAGAUUCCUGGAAAAACGAAGACUAAUGCUCAAGAUAUUUAUGAAAAUCUUCAACAACGACUGGGAAAGGAGUCUAGUAAUGUUGGAUUAUCCAGUGAAAAUCAAGGAAAGAAUAGAUCUCAGAUAAUUCCAUAUGACUUUAAUCGUGUCUGUUUGAACGAAAUAUCAAAUUCUUCUAACUACAUCAACGCCAGUUAUAUAAGGGGCUAUCAAAAUCCACUCAACUUCAUUGUAACCCAACAUCCUCUUCCAAACACCUUGAACGACUUCUGGCUUAUGAUCCUUGAGCAAAAAUCAGCUAUUUUGGUUGCGCUCGUUACAAAAGAAGAGUUGGAUGAAUUUGGGUGUUAUUGGCCUGAGGACGGUUUUAACUCAUACGGAGUAGUUAAUGUCGCCAUAGAUGAAAUUAACAAGAAUUAUGCUGCAUCGGGAUUUAUUGUGAGAAAAUUCAGGCUUACAGACACACGAGACACUGUUGGUCAUUCAUUUAUCGUCACUCAUUUUCAUUUCUUUGAUUGGUCCAAUUCCCAUACUCCAACGACUUCUUCUGUGUUGCGCCUGCUGGCAGAGAUGGAAAAAGUACAGCGGUUGUCAGGAAAUCAAUUGGUGACAGUUCAUUGCAGUGAUGGUUCAGGUCGAAGUGGUUCUUACUGUGCAAUUGUAUCUUCUAUUGAACGAGUUAAACUUGAAGAUAAUAUCGAUAUGGCAAUGACGUUGAGAAAUCUUCAAGCUCAAAGAAUAAAUUUGAUUGAAAAUGAGGUUCAGUACUUGUUUUGCUAUGAUGUCAUCUCUGCAUUGUUGACGUCAUUCGAUGAUCAAUUGUAUGAUAACUUUUCACCUUCGAAUACGACAGAAAAUAUAACCACUACAUUAGAGGUCAAGCUUUAGACGUCACAGUUAUUUCUACAUUUGUAUCGUUUAUUGGUCCAUUACAUCCAUUACAUUGGUUCCUUGGUUUAUUAAUUAUUUUAGUAUUUGUAUUUUAGCAGCAUGAGUAAUUCAACUUUUAGAUACUCAAUAAUUUAGUCAAAACUAUUAAGUCGUGUAAAGAUAGACGUUUAAUGAUUAAUAUGGCGUAUUGUACGCUAUGUAUAAUGUAAUAAAUGAGUGUAUUUGUGAUA